CGGGGGCGCUGCGGGCGCGUGCGCGUCGGCCCCCGGCGCGGUCCAACCCGCGCGCCUGCCGGCCCGGGCCUCGCCGGCGCGCGCCGACUUCCGCCUCCGGUUCCGGGCGCUUCCGCUCUUAGCUGGGCCGGCGAGGAGAUUCGUACCUGUUCUGGGCGGUCGCUCUGAUGUCUUUCCAGCUUUAAGUCGUCCGGAGAUGGGUCUUACUGUUUCACGGAGCCUAUGGGCUCCGUUGUCAGGAUUACUCUCUUCCCCAGGGUGUCCUACAGACCUCCAGACGUUGGCCUGUGGGAUUCAGCAGAAGAUGAGGCCUCUAUCUUCCUGUCGUCAGUAAGCCGCUCCUCGCAACUGCUCUCCCGCCGUCCACUGUCCUCAUGUCUACCUUACUCCUCAAUUUGGAUUUCGGUGAACCUCCCCCCAAAAAGGCAUUAGAGGGGAAUGCCAAGCACCGAAAAUUUGUCAAGAAGAGGAGGUUCUUGGAACGGAGAGGUUUUCUGAAUAAGAAGAACCAGCACCCUAGCAAGGUGCCUAAGCUGCACCCAGACCCUCCGAAGAAAGGGGAAGCUCCUAGGGUGGAUGGCACUUGGAAGGUCUCUCACCUUCCAAAGAAGAAGACCGCCGCCUCCAGCAGCGGACCAGAGCAGCCCCUGGACAGGAAAGCUGCGGUGCCUUGGCUGACCCCUGCCCCUUCACAGAAGGCUGGGUCUGUCGUGGCCAAAGUAGAUUUGCUGGGGGAAUUCCAGAGUGCUCUUCCAAAGACUAGGAGCCACCCAGCUCGCUCCCAGAAGAAGGGUCCCCAGAAGAACCCUACUCAGAAAAACGCCCCACAGAACUCCACCCAAUCUCAUUUGGAGAAUAAAUGCUCCGGAGCGUCGCAGAAGACACCAGGGAAAAUGGUGGCGAUUGACUGUGAGAUGGUGGGCACAGGACCCAAGGGGCACGUCAGUUCCUUGGCUCGAUGUAGCAUCGUCAACUACCACGGAGAUGUGCUUUAUGAUGAGUACGUCCUCCCCCCCUGCCACAUCGUGGACUACCGGACCAGAUGGAGUGGCAUCCGGAAGCAGCACAUGGUGAAUGCCACACCCUUCAAGGUCGCUCGGAGCCAGAUCUUGAAGAUCCUCGCAGGGAAGAUAGUGGUGGGGCAUGCCAUCCACAACGACUUCAAAGCCCUUCAGUACUCCCACCCCAAGUCUCUCACCCGCGACACCUCCCACAUCCCUCCCCUCAACCGGAAGGCCGAGUGCCCAGAGAACGCCACCGUGUCCCUCAAGUGUCUCACCAAGAAGCUUCUGAACCGGGACAUCCAGGUUGGGAAAAGCGGGCAUUCCUCCGUGGAAGACGCUCAGGCCACCAUGGAGCUGUACAAGUUGGUUGAAGUCGAGUGGGAACAGCACCUGGCCCAGAAUCCCCCAAAGGACUAGCGGCCGCGGAGGCACCGGUGACGAGAGGUGGAGAGCAGCACCGUGCCCGGGAGGACCGGGCAGCAGGACUGGACAGCGGCCCGGCUCGCUGCCCCAACCGGGAGAGACCGGCUCCACCCCAGACUUAGUCUUCAUUGAAAUUUCACCUCCGGUGUCGUGUCGUGUCUGGUUGAGAAUCCCGCGAGGGAGGAAGCCCCCGUGUCAGGACCAGCCCUGGACUGUUUCCCUCCUAAAUGGUGCUAACUGCAGGUCCCAGGUGCUUGGCUCCAGGCGGGCCUUUUGACUUCGAGGGGCGGGGCAUACUGGGAACCGUUUCCCAAACUGCCUUAUCACUAGGGUGGCCGCAUGUCCGUUUUAUGCCUUUGGUCCUCACGUAAAUAGCAGUGCCCUCUUUCGCGGUCAGAAGUGCGCUGGUUGGCUGGUCACACCGCGUGUCACAGACUCUGCCCUUGGCCUUGUCUGCAUCGGAGACAUAGCGCCCGUCCUUAGGGGAGCCAUCCCUGGUGAGGUUCAGUUCUUAGGGGUAGGAGAGUGGGACUUGGAGAUCAAUUUUUCUGAUUUUGGAAAGCAACGUCUCUCCUAAAGCGUUAGAGGAUUUAUUUAAUUUAGAUCCCACUUGGUAGGUUAGAAAAGAACUUAAAGUGUUUUCAUGGUUUUUAGUCUUUUACUUCAUUAAAACAAAUCUUUAAGGACUCAAAUUAUUCCCUUGAUAAAUUUUUAUAAUGGAAAAACA